GAGGAAGGAGGAAAGUGAGGAGGCUAUGUCGGGCCCAGGGCUGAUGGGGGCUCAGGAGGCCAUGAGAAAGAAGUGAGUCACAUCAGGAGUCCUCAUCCAGCCCAGCUCUAGGCUCAAGAGAGCUCAGGCUAGAGCAACAGAGAAGUCCCUCCUUAGCUAUAUCUGAGGAGGCAAGGCAAGAGGCAGAAAAGGAGUUAGCCCACCAGAAUAAUCCUGGACAGGGGAUAACCAGUGCUGGAGAACAGGGCGGGGGCAUGGCUCCUGGAACUUCUUGGUGGCUGUGGGUUCUGGGAACCCUGGUGGGACUUUCAUCAGGGGUAAUAUCCAAGCAUCACUGCCCACAAGGACAGUAUCAGGUGGAGCAGGGAUCCUGGUGUUGUCGACUAUGUAAACCAGGCACAUUCCUGGUGAGGGACUGUGACGAUAACGGGAAGGAUCCUCACUGUAAAGCCUGUAUUCCUGGAUCCUCUUUCACCCCAGACCACCAUGCCCAACGCCAAUGUGAAAGCUGUCGAAUCUGUAACAAUGGCUUUUUAAUUCAGAGAUGCAACAUCACUACCAAUACAGAGUGUGCCUGCCCCAAGGGGCAACGGUGUCGAGAUAAAGAAUGUACCAACUGUGAUCCCCAACCUACAUACCUGCUGAGCACAGCCCAGUAUCCCGUCAGAAGUACACAUCAACAUCCUGCAACCAUACACCAACACUCUACCAACACCUACUCAGUUUACUACUCUGGUAGGCUUCAUCCUAACAGCAAGGCUCCUCAAUCCCCAAGAAGGGAGAUGCCUGGCACUAGUGCCCCAACAAGACCUGCCCAUAGCCCAUCAGGAACAGCCUCAUCCAAUCCUGUCAGCAUUUACAUCCUCCUCCUCCUCUGUGGACUCAUUCUGGCCAUCCUCGUUCAUGGGACUUGGCUCAUGCUGAAACAAAGAAACUGCCAACUCAAAAAGGAACUAGACAGGAAAGAGCCAGUCAAGCUCUGCCUAACAGGAUCCAGAGCGGACCUAGGCCCUUGCUGUCCAAAGCAGGAAGAGGGGAGCACUGUGCCUAUCCAAGAAGAUUAUCGAAAGCCUGAUCCUGCCUCUUAUCCCUAAGCCAGACUUAGUCAAGGUGUUACUGACAGGACAACAUCCUUCUCCACCUUGGCCUGGCUCCUGGCAUGACUUCUACCGGUAUAGAUCUGAGGACCUUCUCAUUCACUACCAGGAACCCUUGUCACCAUCCCCUGCCUGCCCAAUUGUCUUCCCUUCCCUAGAAACUUCAUUUGACUUUAUGAACAAUGGAGAAAGGUGGCAGAGGAGAAAGGAUGAGACUACGUAUGAGGGUAUGGCAAGGAUAAGGAAGACUGCAGUGAGCAGAGAGCAAGUGGUGCACCCUGGGGACUCAGAUGGGUUCCUUUCUAGUAGGGUGGGGAGAGCUCAUCUGUAUAAAUAAAACUAAAGUACUUCUCUGGCUGAGGAAAAGAUAGCCCCAAAGGUUGUUAUCUCUGAAUUAGAAAAUCAUCCAAUCAAGGAAACAAUAUCAUUAUGUACUUCCUCCAGUCUCUUAAUAUGAAAUGCUGGGAUCCUUAAGGAUUUGAUGCAUCAGUUCCCAGGCUGAUCCCCACUAUUCCUCAAAGCCACCUUCUCUCCAUACACGCAGAGCUUUCUCUGCCCUAGAGGAUAUUCAUUCCGGUUCUAACCGGGGACCAUU